CUCCUGUAUCUGGCACUGUUUAUUCAAGCAAGUUAUGACAGCAGUCACAUGACAAUAUACUAUCAUAUGUAUCAUCAAAGGUACUAAAGUCAAUUGUGGUCUUUAAAGAUAAUAUCAAAGUCAACGGUGGCUUUUGAAGAUAGUAUCAAAGCUCAUCACAGGACCACGAUACCACAAAAUGUAAUUCAUUGUUUUCCAAACCGUACAUUGCUGAAGAUAUUCAGUUUACUGUCAGGAAUAAAGAAACCAUAAAAUAUUUACAUACAAGAAGCAGGAGUCGGAAAACGUUAAGCUGCCGUUGUACCUCAUUUAACCCGAUUUCCACACAUACACUUGUCCCUUAAGCGAUUAAAAACAUGUUGAUAGUAUUAACAUUAACCCAUCUAAGAUGAAGCUGAGUAGUUGCAACACAUUUCCCCUUUAACUAAUGAGCUGCCGCCGGUGAAGUAUCAGCUGACCACCUCGUCGCUAAGACCAAAACAGCUAACACUAGCUUCGUUGCUACUGGUCGUACAUUUAUGACAGGAAAUGGCGGUGUAACGAUGUGCGCAACGGUACGAUAUUAAUCACGAGUCAGUUUUGUGACACUGCAUUUGUUUAUUUUUAUCGUGUAGGACAAUAAUAACAUUGUUAGUUGUGGAGACAUCUACCUUGUUGGGCUAGUGCGGGGCUACAGUGGCAGUAGCUAACAGGCUAGCUCACCUAUAUCUGCAGAUCCUGACUUUGACUUGGAUUUGAAAGCGUCGGGCCACCAGACGGAGUAAAAAACCUUAACCGGAGAAUGAAUAUGCCUUAUAUCUGAGGAUGGGAGGAAGUGGAUCCAAAGCCAAAGGUGCCUGGCCUUUCUCAGGCAGUGGAUCUGGGGGCGAUUCAGCCAGCGAAGGGAACGAGCAAACUUUGGCCCGUCUCAAAGGUUCCAGAAAUGCCACUCCAUUUGUUUUUACCAGGAGGAGUUCUUUAUAUUACGAUGAGGACGGUGACCUUGCACACGAGUUCUAUGAAGAGACCGUGGUGACAAAAAACGGCAGAAAGAAGUCCAAGUUGAAGAGGAUCCAGAAAAAUUUGAUUCCACAGGGAAUGGUUAAGCUCGACCUCCCCUGCAUUCAUGUAGAUUUCCCCAUCGUCCUCUGUGAGGUGUAAAACAAAGCAUCCGAUCUGAAUGAUCUGCCACGAGGUGCAGCCGCAGGUAUUCAUCUCAGAGUGUCGUCCCAGUCACGGUCCAGACUGGAACUGCUGUCAUAUGAAACUGAUAUAUUGAAUGAAAUGUUAUACAUUUCACUUCAGCUGUUCAGAGUUCCCUCUUCACUUAAAUCCAUAUCUUAAGAGUCACAAUAAGUAGUGAUGGUACAGAUUGUCUUUCCACUACCCAGCUGACAUGUAAGCAGACUUAAAGAAUACAUUCAAUAUUUGAGCCUCUUGUGAUUUUCAUGCAGGGAAAAAAAAUCUACUUGAUGUGAAAAAGGCUUUAAGAGUUUAUGCCUUCUGUGAGAUGUGUUAGACUCUGUAAGUGUCUUUGUGUAUGUACAUGUGGGCACUUAAGUUUGUCAGAGUGAAUGUGUGUGUAUGAGGGAUGCAAGUUGUGAUUACAGGGUAGAAAAAAAGAAGGAUUGUGAUAUUUAUCAUAUAUGUAUGUAUAUAUAUAUAUAUAUAUAUAUAUAUGCAUAUACAUAUACAUAUAUACAUACACACACAUAUAUAUGGACAUGUUCUGUGUCGUCAUGUCUGCAGUCUCCGGAGCUCAGACCUGCACUAGUGAACAUAAUGACCUGUAAAUAAUUUAAGAUUUCUUAGUUGGAAAUACUUGAAUAAAUGUUUUACUGAGCUGAA